GCCUCUGUUGCUUAUAUACACUUUGAGAGAAAAAUGCUUAUUAUUAUGAACAGUUCAAAGGGAAGCAUGACAGACAAAAAAAAAAAAUUCAGCUGAAAAAAAUCCUCCGCUUGAUCAAUGUAAUGCAUACUUUUUAUGUCUCUGCAACCACCAAACAAAAGACGAAGAAUAGAACAUGUCGAUAAUUCAAUAAAAUUCAGCUUGUCUCCUGAUGCCGCUUUCAUAGUUUCUACUUAUGUGCAUGUGUUUCUACAUGUCAUGGGAAUCAUUACUGCAUUGUUCUUAAUUGUUAGCUUAAUCAUAUUUUGCAGAAACGAGGUUGAAUCACAGUAUAGAAUUCAAUUACUAGAGAUGGAAGAAAGAGCAAAAGAAUGCGACUAUAAAUACACUAGUAAUAACUGUGGCCCAUAUUUAAAGGGUGAGAUAUGGCAGCAGUUCUGUCAUGAGUGGGAUAUAUGUCGACAAACUUCUUCAGCAUAUAUAAGCAAAUCAAAAAUUGCAAGUAAAGUAUUUGGCGAAUUAAUUAAUACGUUCGCAGAACCACUUUCAUUGAAAUCGAUGGUAUAUAAUUCAAAAGUAUUAUAAGUUUUCUGCUCACUUUACUUUCUAAGGCUAUCAUCAUUGCAUUCGUAU